GCUAUGGAGAUGAUUCCAUGCUUCUGGUUGCCACUGACCGCGAGGAUCCCAAAGCCAUCACGGAAGACGUCCGUCAGUUCCGGGGAUGGGCACCGCCACUCGAGAUCGACUCGCAGUCUUGCACUUUCGUCAUCACGUUUCCGAGGGUGAAGACAGCAGGAGGGACUGUGUCUCCGGAUGCAGAG